UGUUAAAAACUUGAAGCUCAUGCAACUUUAGGUUCUAAUUACAAAAAUCCGUCUUUCUUCUACCGUAGGGGACUCAGCGUUACGCCAUCUUUGUGCUUUCAUUUUCGACUUUUAACCAUCCGGUUCACUAAUAACGAGAUGCCGUUAGACACGGUCCUGUGCCUGGACACGUCCGGCUCCAUGGCGGGGAAGGGCAUGCUGGAGCUGCGGAAAGCCGUGCGACAGUUCCUGACGGGCGUGGAGCAGACGGCGACUCAGACGGGGCUGAAGGAGAACGUGGCCGUGGUGGAGUUCGGAGGGGGAGUCCGGAUCGUCCAACACCUCACCAACGACUACAGACGUGUGCAAAGGGCUGUUGAUAACCUGAAACCAGGAGGGACAACUCCGAUGUUUGAAGGUUUGAUGGAAGCACUGAAGGAACUUGUACAGAAUGGUGGCGUGCUUUUACUGCCUGGUGGGAUCAGGAUGACGCCUCGGGUCAUCUUGAUGACUGACGGAAGACCUGACGACAAGGAAAAAGUGAUAUUAGCAGCGGCUGCUUUCAGUCGCGAAGGCUACCAGCAGGUUGGGCUGCCCUAUCCCGUACCCAUCGCCUGUGUGGGCUGUGGCUCGGGGGUGGACGUGCCUCUUCUGGCAGCCAUUGCGGCCGCCACAAACGGAAUGUUCGCUAUCGGAGACGUCAGCGAGAUGUCCGGAUUUUUCCUCAAGCAGGUUUUGCUUAUUCGGUUUGCGCUGCAGUUUGCCCAUGACAUGAACAAGUUGCGAAACUUGAUUCUUCUGAGGCAGUUUUUGCAACAAAUGGGAGAAAAUGUCAGCGAGGAAGAGGCGAUCGCCUUGCGGGCCCUUCUGCUUGCAAUGAUUGUUGUUGCCGCGGACGACUCUGAUGAUGACAGCCCACGUGUCAUAACAGCCCAACCUUCAGCUUCGUCUCGAAUCGUCCUCACCGAAACUACACUGCUCAGAGAUAACAGUGACCGUGACGAGAUUAACCAUUGCAUGCACUGCUGCAUCUCGCUGUUCUUCCCCCUAUGGAUCUGUGUCUGGUGUUACCUGUGCUGCAAGGAAGCAGAGGCACAGUGAUUAGUGAUAGAAGAGGCAACGUACUUGGACAACCCUUAGCUGUACAAGAUACUAGUAGACUUCACACUAAUCACAGUUCAUGAGACUAUUGUCUUAUACAACAUUUUCAAGCA